AUGUCCGACGGAGACAAGCGAGUCCCGCCGACGACGCAGCGCCUCAACUCUCUGCGUGCGUCCGACGCCAGCGCAUCGGCGGCCAGCUCGGCGGCCGCCCGGCGGUUUGUGCCCCGACCGAGCCAGCGCCGCAAGGCCGAUGGUACCGACGCACCCGAGCCCAAAAUCAAGGCCGAGACGCAGGCCAAGGCCCCGCGCCCUAGCCAGGAGGUCCUCCACCAGGAGGUCCACCAGGAGGACCACCGCGAGGCCCUCCUCCAGGCGGUCCACCAGGAGGACCACCUCGAGGCCCUCCGCCAGGCGCCAUGCCCGGUGGACCACCACGGGGCCCACCGCCAGGAGGUCCGCCACCAGGAGGCCCACCUGGAAUUCCGCAACAAGGAGGACCACCUGGGGGCCCUCCGCCAGGAGCACCUCCAGGAGGUAUACCACGAGGGCCUCCGCCUGGAGGACCACCAGGAAUGCCGCCCCGAGGUCCACCAGGCAUGCCACCGCGAGGUCCACCAGGCAUGCCACCGCGAGUUUAUCGUGACUUACUCUUUUCGAUACAAGGCAUGCCAGGCCGUGGUCCGCCUCGCGGUCCACCAGGUCCUCCCGGCAUGCGACCCCCAGGCAUGCCAGGAAUGCCACCGGGGCCUGGUCCACGAGAAGGGAGGAAAGAACCCGACGUGGAACGAGUCGUUCGAGUUUAGCAUCUCGACCGAGAAGGAGCUCAUCAUCGAGCUCUUCGAUAAAGAGCAGAACGGCAACGACCGCUUCAUGGGCAAAACUACAGUGGACUUGAUUCCGUGGAUUGCCAAAGGCAGCUUCGAAGGCGACAUUGACGUCAAGGACAACGACCAAGAUGCGGGCAAGGUGUCUCUCGUCGUACAAUUCACAAAACCGGUGGUCGGUCCGCCCGGCGCGAUGCGCACGCCACCGCAGAUGGGUGUCAUGACGCCCCCGGUAGCUGGCGCGCCCCCAGCCGCCCCCGCUGAGCCCCCGCGUGAUCCCAACGGCAAAUUUAGCGACAGCGAGAUCCUCGAGGCCUUUCGCGCGUUCGAUUUGGACCACAACAACUAUGUGGGUGCUGCCGAGAUCCGACACGUGCUCAUCAACAUUGGCGAGUCGCCCACGGACGAAGAGGUCGAUGAAAUGAUUCGCAUGGUCGACCUCGACGGGGAUGGCCAAGUGUCGUUUGACGAAUUUUACAAGAUGGUGACGGGCGGGAAAGAGCCGCCAUCGGGUCUCUUUGUGGCAGCCGGCGACGGGGAAGUCGCUGCGAUCGCAACGGGUGCGGGCGCAGCGUCUUCGAUCCAGUUGCGCAACGAGCGCAAGAACAUUCUCGAAGAGUUCGCGCAGGACAACAAUAUCAAGCCCGAGUCGGUCAAGAAGGCCUACAAGCGGUUCCAAGCCACCGACAAGGACGGGUCGGGGCAGAUUGACUACACAGAGUUCUGCGAAAUCAUGCUUGUGGACCCGUCGCCGCAGUGCGAGAAGCUCUUCCAGCUCUUUGACAACGACAAGGUUGGCCGCAUCGACGUGCGCGAGUUUAUGAUCAGUCUCUCCAACUUCACGGGCGCCGAGAAGGAGGAGAAGCUCAAAUUUGCCUUUAUGAUCUUUGACGAAGAUGGCAACGGCGUCUUGACCAAGCACGAGCUCAUGCGCAUCUUGAAGGCGAAUCACAUGGCUUCCAACGAGUCCGAGGUCGCACGAAAAGCAGACACAAUCAUGUCCCAAGGCGAUAAGGACGGCGACGGCGUUAUUUCAUUCGACGAAUUCGCCCUCGUGAGCAAGAAGUUUCCCAACAUUCUCUUCCCCGCCUACACCCUCACGCAGCAAGCUGUAUAA